GUCUAACCUCGUCUAACCGAGUAUUUUCCAGUGAGAUGUCUUCCAAACCGGAGACUCAGACGUAUAGCUGAUAUUUGAACCUCGUUGACUAACACGUUCCAGCAGAUCAACAUGUUCUGCAGCCUAAUGUAGCUGGAGGAGGGUUUCCCCGGCCCGAUUAUCCCCCCCAUCCCGACCGAUGACCGGGCCCUGCUCCUCCGGCCGGGCCGGCACCCCCCCGGCCAAGCUGAGCAGACACGGCCGCUCCAAGAGCUCCAGCGCCGCCUGCCUGCUGCGCUGCGCCGGCCGGGAGGAGGCCCGGGCGGCCGCCCCGCGCCGGGGCUCCCGCUCCCCGGAGGAGGACGAGGACAAGGACGGGGGGCUGCUGUUCUUCGUUAACCGGAGCGGGUUCCCCAUAGAGAGCGGGACCUGGGACAGGAUGUGGGCGCAUGUGGCCGCUGUGCACCCCGAGGGCCAGGAGAUGGUGGACAGGAUACGGAAUGCGGCAUAUCUGCCCAAACAUCCUGUUCCUGCAGUCCCCGUCUACAAACCAUCCAUGUCGGUCCCUGACUGGGUGGUGGUUGUUCAGAACUACAUGAAGGCUCUGCAAUACAACCACACUGGAACCCAAUUCUUUGAAAUCAAGAAGAAUCGUCCACUUUGUGGGUUAAUGGAGAUGGCCAGAGAGAUGAUAAGAGAAUCUUUACCAAUCAAAUGCCUCGAAGCUGUCAUCUUAGGAAUCUACCUGACCAAUGGGCUGACAUCUCUCGAGCGUUUCCCUGUCAGUUUUAAGACACAGUUUUCAGGCCACUGCUUUCACCAUGUGGUGCUGGGAAUCUACUGCAACGGCCGAUAUGGAUCCCUGGGCAUGAGCCGUCGCCAGGACCUGAUGGACAAACCACUGACUCACCGCACGCUGGGAGAACUGGUGGCUGAGUUUGAGAGUUCUUACAAGAGAUACCAGCAUACUUUAAAGAAAGUGAAGAUUGGCUUGUAUGUGCCUCACGACCCCCAUGUCUUCCAGCCAAUCGAGUGGAAGUAUUUAGUGUUGAACACAACUCGACUAGGAUCUCAGGAGAUGAUGAAGGAACUGGAGAAACACGGCCGGGAUAUGAGGAUGAAGAUCCUAAAAACAUCCAGUGCCCAGUCGCCUAUCAAGGAACGCAGCCGGGGGAAGUCCUUAUCACCACGGCGACACCAUGGCAGCUCCCAGCAGCGGUUCACUCACUGCAGAGACAAAUCGCCGGCGGCGGUGGACAGGAAACCUGCAGAGCUCAGCACUCUCGGUGACGGCUACCAGAUCCGCGUGUGACUCCGUCCCUCACCUCCCGGUCUCGGUGAUGGCUACCAGGUCUCGGUGAUGGCUACCAGAUUCUCCGUCCCUCACCUCCAGGUCUUCUGAAGCCACACAGAGAACUCAGCAAGCCCCUCCAAGGGUUCUGGUCCGCCACCAGCAUUUACGUCAGCUGAGUUUCUGCAUCUGCAGCAUCACAGCUGGAACUGUCACCCAUGAGGUGAAAGGCAAACAUCCAAAUAUAUUACACAAGGAUAAACUUAACAUUUUAGUUUACACACCACAUGGAAGGUGACUCAAGUUUACUCGUUUUGGUAGCAGUUCAUUCAUCUACCUAUUUUUGAAUUUUACACAAACACCUCUUAGUUUUGUAUCUGAAGUGCUUUUGUCAGAAACAUUGCAGCAUUUAUUUCAGUGGAGACAAUUUGUCCUGUCAGAAAAGUCCCAACAAAAACAUGCUAGGUUUUCAAUUUGUGGAAUCUUUUUAAACGUUACCAUGUACCACAUCUGUUGCACAGUGUUUUUAUUCCACCCUCCAUCUUUUGUCAGCGAUAUAAGUGGUGAGGAUUUCAAAUAUUUUGAAGAUUUGGUUGUCAGUUUUCCAAUGUGGCGGUGCACAAGAUUAACGCCAAGCAAAGCUCAUCAGCGUAGAAGUCAUUACAACUACAGCUGGAUUUUUAAGCCCUGACAGCUGACAGUGAUAUAAGUCACAUAUUACUCCAACUUUAUACUCAAUAUUACCUUAUCUAUAUCACUGGAGAGCAUGUUUGAUAAAAUAUGCAGAGAAAUAAAUGAUGCAGUCAUUAGACAUAAAAACAGGAUGUAAAAAAGCAAGAGGAUGAGGAAAGAAGUGAGACGUUGUACAAAGAGAGAACAAAAUGAGAAUUGUGGCUAUAUCCCUGAUCCCCCCACACUCAUUCACCCGUAUAUCCCGUCUUGUUCUUUUCCUUGGACUGAUUUUACCAUUUAACUGGACUGUUUGCUGGUUUGGAGCAUUCAGUUCCACUUAAGAAACGACUUCAGCAAGGAUAUUGGAUCAUCUGUCUGGGAAUCUGGGAAGACUUAUAAGGCCUUUUCCACGCAAUUUGAAGUCAAUUAUUCUACAGUAGGAGUGAAAAGGUCUACAUGGCAAACUCCCCACUCUUCAGUUGGGUAAAUGUUAAACCACAGGACAAAUGACACCAAAGAGGAGGUUAUUGUCAUAAUAAGAAGCACAAUAUUUUUGGCAAAAAGCAUCAGUACAAACCCCUCAUACUAACUGAGUGGAUGUGUGAUGAUACUUCUGGCACUGUUUAUUUGAAUAUCUGUUUAUCAGAUUUAUCAAUACCAGUGGGAGUUUAGUUGACAUGUGUGAACAGCUGAGCGUACCAAAGCUCAACAAGCUCUCAGACUCCAAACCCCUGACGAGCGAAGGGGGGGAUGUAAUCGUCACUGAGCAGGAGCAAGACAGGCAGUCUCCUCAUAUACAGAAAUACAAUAAUACACACAACUUACUGCAUGUUUGAAGUUUUUCAAUGCAAUUUAGUUUAUUUGUGUCUUAGAAAUUCAUGACAAAAGGGCUCUCUGGUCACUUUACACACAAAUUAAACAAGUUAAAUGCAAGUCCAUUCGAAUAAGGUUCGAUGUAAAAAUGAAUGCAGUUAUAUUCAGAUAAGUAUAUUCAUUAUAAUACUUUUGAAUAAAAAUUCAUUACAAUUAAUUAAAAUCAUAUCCAUAUAAUGGCAAUUCUUAAAAAGCAGCUGAGUUGCAUCAAAUCUUUGCUUUGAUUCAGUGUCCUGUUCUGACCGAUACAUGCUGCUCUGUGACGGUGGACCAGAAAAAUACAUCCUUCUAGCAGGAAGAGACUCCAGCAGUGGGACAGGCAGGGUGGGCCUGCUGAGAUGGGUGGGUGCUGGCUGGGUGCUGGCUGGGGACAGAGGUGCCACAUACACAAAAACCCCAAGGAGAAAGAGACAGAGAAAUACAACAUUGAUGAUGACGAUAAUGAUAAGGAGAGUGAAGAGAGCAAAGGUUCGUAGUGUUCAUGUCCUGUCUUAAGCUUGGAAAUAAAAACUCUAUGCACAUUUUGAUUGAAAUUUUAAAUUCAAUUAAGAUUAAAAAAAAAAAAGUGUUAAACCCCAGACUGGACAGGGCUGGAGCUAGAAGAAGAAAUUAAAUUUACCGUAUUGGCCCGAAUAUAAGACGGUGUUUUUUGCAUUGAAAUAAGACUGAAAAAGUGGGGGUCGUCUUACAUUCGGGGUCUAGACGUUACACCCAUUCACAACGCUAGAUGGCGCCAGAUAUCUUUAAAGCGGAUGCUGAACUUAACUCCCCAGGCCAAAGGAACACCUGGCACCAAGAAGAAAAAUAAAAACAGCGCUAAAAAAGAAAAGAGAAGAAAAUAAAAGAAGAUAUAACAGAAAAUGGAGAAACGUUGCGACAAUCUGGAGAAAAGCUGGUUGAAGAUCGGCCAGUUAUGAUGCAAACUUCAAGAUGAUGAUUUGAAUGAGGCAAAUAACAGGCUUUUUCUCUCGAAUAUAUUGUUAUAAUCAUUUGUUUCAGAUGUACUGUAAUUAAUUUCUGUAUAAAAAUUGAAUUUGGUGUUCAAAAAGACUUUUCUAACUUGAGUCUUGAAAAAGAGGGGGUCGUCUUAUAAUCAGGGUCGUCUUAUAUUCGGGCCAUUACGGUAGUUAGUAAUCAUUAUCUGGACACCCAAGUCUUUUAUGCUGCUUAAAAAAAAAUCACGUAAGACUGGAGGAAUGACAAUUGCCUGGUUUCAGGAUGUUUAAGAACAAGACAGCUGGCUUACAUAUACAUCACUUUAACUCUAUUGUUGCUGAUUUAUAUUUUUCAUCUGAAGGUAUAGAUGAAAACAUUUUAUUUCCUAAAUGAAUCAAAGCAAGAAAAUUGUCUUAUCUGUCAUAUCUGCUCAGUUUAAGUUAUUAUAUUCUGCAUUUCUGGCUUUGAGGAGUGUUCCCAUCCUCAUACGAUCAUGAAGCAUCUUAUCAUUAUUAUUAUUAUUAUUAUUAUUAUUAGAUCAAAUUAUUUGAGUACUGAUCCCAUACCAAUGUUGUUUUUUAUUUUUAAAGAAAAAAAGUUUUUUUAAAUGAACAUCAAAUAUUGAAUAUCUAUUUAAUAAAGAAAACCCAGGUAUUAACCUCAAAGUACAGCCACAAAUAUGUGAAAAAAGAAGGCAUAUAAAUGUAGAUGUUUGAACACAUUAGGGAUCAAAAGUUAAACCAUAAAGCUGAUCACCUGCUCUCCUUUAGCUCACACCAAAUGUUCAGUCAGUGUUUCACUGUUUAGAGAAGGAAGCUUCAGGAAUAGAAAGAAACUGCAUUGUGGCUCCAGAUGUUCAAUUACACAGUAAUAUAUAUAUAGUAAUACAUCCUACAGUUUUCUCUGGAUUUCUGACUUUCUUUUGGGAAUUUCUCUAAUUUCUGGAAAGUCAACUCCAGGUAACGCUAGUGCAUUUCAUCACUCUUUCCCUCUGGCUCUUUCAUGUGAUGUCUCCUUAAAUGCUUGUAAGGUUGCUUGCAUUGUUUUCAUCAAAACUGCAGCUUUGCAUAAAAUAACAGCAUUUUGCCAGUGUAAAGCUAAUGGUAGUUAUCCCACUCUACCCAUCAACUUGUGCAUCACUGCUUCUCCACCUGGCAACUCAAGACAGGAAGCUGCAAGGUAUUAAACUCGCCUUGCCUAAUGGUGCACAACUUCCUGUGUUGGCUUUUAGAGCAAUAAAGAAAAUUGGACUUCUAUACGUAAAAAAAAAGAUGGUGAAUUGAAGUAAAUACUAAAUUUUAAGCAAGUAUUUCUGAUUCUGGUAGUGGAGCAGCACUACAUUUUUUUUAAUGUUUGGACCAACACAGACUGGAGACAGAGAUUUAACUGUCUGAUCUGUCACACUUUGUGAGCAAACUUACCAAUGUUGUGGAGUUUGGUUGUGUUGUGUGCUGAUGCUUGAUAUUUGUCAACACACAGAAAAGCACAAAGCUACUUUUUUAUACAGUUGUGAAUCUGUUUCACACUUAUUUGCUAUCGUCAAAACAAUCAUGCAUUUUCUGACUAAAGAUGCAGCAAAUCAUGUAUAUCCAUCCAUCCAAUAACUUCUGCUUAUCUGAGCUUGGGUGGCG